AUGGGAAAUUGGAAUGAUGUGCUACCCUUGGUGGAGUUCACAUACAAUAAUAGUUACCACUCUAGUAUUGGCAUGGCGCCCUAUGAAGCAUUGUAUGGAAGAAGGUGUAGGACUCCAUUAUGCUGGUACCAGGAUGGAGAAUCUUUUGUACUUGGGCCUAAGUUUCUGAAACAGACGACUAGUAAAGUCAAAUUGAUUCAGGAACGGAUGCGAGCAACUCAAAGUAGGCAGAAGUCUUAUGUCGAUAAGAGAAGACGACAAUUCGAGUUUGAGGAAGGAGACCAUGAUUUCUCCGAGUUACUCCAACCACAGAUUACACGGAGGAUUGGAACAGCGACAUAUGAGAUUGCCUUACCACCUCACCUAGCUAAUUUGCACAAUGUGUUCCAUGUCUCACAAUUGAGGAAAUACAUUGCAAGCCUAGACAACGUGUUAGAAUCAGAUAAGGUGCAAGUGCGAGAGGAUCUGACCAUGCCGGUUGGACCAACUCGUAUACUAGAUACUCAGAUCAAGCAACUAAGAAGCAAGGAGAUAAAGACGGUGAAGGUACUUUGGGAUGAGACGACACAAGAGAUGACGUGGGAGAUGAAGGAUGUCAUGAGGAGGUCUUAUCCUCACUUGUUUAUUGGUGAUGGUUCUGUGUGGCUGUUGAAACGUGAUGGUGGCGCGCUCAGGUGCGAGAAUGGUGAUGGCGACCCUGGUUUGGUCACACCAGUGGUGUUGCACUGGCUUCCUGAAUGGUGGUGGGCCUGA